CGAUCGGCCUCAGACUAACGUCAGUCCUAGUUAAUCAAGCGUCGAAUCGCUCAUGUUUCGAUCUGCGGUCGUCCUGUACGUUUGACCCAAUCGGGACCCAACGGCCAAUUCUCGGGAUGUAUUUGUCCUCUCUGGCUCGAUCUGCGGUGGUGCAGACGGUGAGGGGUUUUCACCGAUCUGCUGCUCGCACUGGAGCUGGGGGGAUUUUCGUGCACAGAGACACGCCGGACAACAAUGCCGACACGCCGUUCGAGUUCACCGAGGAGAACAAGAAGAGAAUCGAAGCUAUCAUUUCAAUGUACCCCGUUGGCCACAAGCAAGCAGCUACCAUCCCCGUAUUGGAUUUGGCCCAGAGGCAACACGGGUGGCUCCCCGUCAGCGUCAUGAACAAGGUGGCUGAGGUGCUUGAGAUCCCUCCGAUGAGGGUGUAUGAGGUGGCCACCUUCUAUACCAUGUUCCUGCGCCAGCCUGUGGGCAAGUACUUCAUCCAGAUCUGCACCACCACGCCGUGCAUGCUCUGCAACUCGGACGGCAUCCUGGAGGCCAUCAAGAACAAAUUGGGUAUCAAGGUCGGCGAGACGACGGCGGACAAGAUGUUUACGCUAAUCGAAGUGGAAUGCCUCGGCGCCUGUGUCAACGCGCCCAUGGUGCAGAUCAAUGACAACUAUUAUGAGGACCUCACCCCAAAGGACAUAGAGCAUAUUAUUGAUGAGCUCCAAGCAGGCAGAGUCCCGCCUCCAGGGCCCAGAAGUGGCCGUUUCUCAUGUGAGCCUGCUGGUGGACUGACCUCAUUGACCGAACCUCCAAAAGGGCCCGGCUUUGGCGUGAGGCCGGACUUGUAGUAGACUUGUUGCUUUGUUGUUCAAAACAAGAUGAUAGUCUUGUUUGAUGGGAACAUAUUAUGUAAAUAAAUUAAAUGACUGUA